AUGGGUUGUUGCUUCUCCUUUUUGUCGCGUGACAGUAACCAGCCGCCGCAUGCGAUUGCGACAGCAGGUAUUACUACCACCGAAGAACAGCACCAACAAUGCACAGACGCCUCGCCUACCCCCGAGGUCCAUGCCGCCACAAGUUCCACCAUUGUAUCCAAUACCUCUGCCUCGCAAAUCGCCAGGCCGACCACUCGCCGCCGCGGGCCUCCGGUAAACCAGUUCCCCCUGAGUGAGCACUUUAAUGCGCCGAUCCGUCCGCAUGUCUGGUACAGCAAACGUCGGGCGUGGACGCGCACUCAACUGGACCGCGAGCGACAGGAGUUCUUUGAGACUCGGGUGACGGGGCGGUCGGAGAUAUGGGCCGCUCUGGCGGCUGCGCUAUCAUUCAUGCGUGAGAGUGACCUUGCAACGGCGCAGAGUAUCAUUGAUGCCGCUGGUAUCACUGUCCCUACGGGUGAUGUCUGUCAGGGUUGUUAUGAUGAACAAGGGGCGCUGUACCGGUUGCCGCAGUGUAUUGUGAGCGAUCCGGAGAAUAUGGUGCAGGCGGAUCGUGUGGAUGAUUACUCCGACGUGGACGACGAUGAUAUGUCCAAAUUGGCUGAUGACGAUGCAUCAGGUGAUGAGCUUAUUUCAGAUGAUCUUGAGAAACGUCGGGAUGAGAAGGGCAAGACCAGUGAGCGGGACCUCAUUAGUGUAAGGGCUCGACUUAGCGACAGGGGUGGGCUAGAUCUUGUCGUGUCUGUUGGAAAGAAUCGAAGCGUUAGUUUCAUUGCGCGCAAGAUCCGACAAGAAGCCGAUAUCGACCAUCAUCAAACAGUCAGAAUUGCAUAUCUAGGCAAAGUCCUCAGAGGACACUCAUCAUUACCAGACCAGGGUUGGGAGCCAGGCCAUGUCAUCAAUGCAUUCAUCGCCCCUCGGCCUUCCGCGUCAUGA